AUGAGACAAAUGCAGCAAUUUCUUGGGAUGGCAACCUACUUAUGGGCACACUUACCAACAAACUUUGCCAAUGCAGAGAAGGCCCUUUGCCGCAUAAUACCACCCAAACCAGCCAUCAAGCUCAACUGGGAUUCCAAAGCUGAGGAGGCUUUCCUACACAUCAAAAACAUCUUAGCAGAUACUGCACGCUUGGAGCGCAUGGAUCCUACCUGGCCAAUUGCAGUGCACUGCAAUGCAUCUGCCAUCUCAUUGGGCACUGUGCUUGUCCAAACCAAUCCAGCAGGUAACAAACACGUAAUUGAGUAUGCAAGCAGGACGCUUAAAGAUGCCAAAACCAGAUUGAGGCAAAAGCAACCAAUGUUGAUGACAAGGCCUGGGCUGCUGGGCACAACACUUGGCAGCAUCUGUGAGGGCAUACAACAGCACCACACACUCCACCACCAGCGUGUCACCCCAACAGCAGAGGCCAUGUUUGGCUGCCGCACAAUUCUGGAAGUGGAUCGCAAAUUCAGGGCAGCCAUAGAUGACAGCCCAAUCGAGUUAGAGGACAUCCAACAAUGGGCAGAUGAACGGCAAAGGGAAAUAUCAUGUGGGAGCAGGUCCCAACAUACGACGCGUGAAUGCCUGGGAAAUGGUGCCUUAUCGAGGACAACCGCGGUCAGCACCCAACCCUGGGUUCAAAAAGGAACUUGGCCUCAUCCAUCUGGAAUCGGGCAAGGAGCAUUGUGGCUCCUGGAGAUCAUCAUGCAUAUGCCAAACCAGCGGUACAAGCCCCUUCAGAGCUGCAACAAACAACCCAUCUUCACCAUGCCUACAGACAACCCAACAGUAGAAAGAUCCAUGUCGGGCGAUGGAAUUUUUGAUCCCGCUGAUGACAGACCCGUGUCGUGCAAACGGAUGUGUGUGGAUUAUGACGCCGUUCUCACUCAUUUGUUGCAUUGGAAGUCUGACACUUAUUUGUGGGAACGAUCCCGUCCAACUUAUUAUGAAAACACUGAUUCAUUUAACUCAACUAAAGCGAGCGUUUCUCGUAUCAAGUGGAAAUAUGAAGACUUUCAUCGACGUCGAAGGCCCAAAACCCUUAGUGGAAAAGUCAAUGGAUUGACGAAACUUGCUGGAGGAAUGCGCAAGAAAACAUCUUCUCAACAUUCGGCUCGUACUCAGCAGACGGAUGGAUUCAAAUUUAAUAGCCGGAAGAAUAAGGUGCUGGCAGCUGCCGCUGAUAUCCUUGGGGAAUCUGCUACUUCCUCCUGCGAUGAUGCCGUGAAAACCGACGAUGAGGAAAUCUUUCAAAUUUUGGAUUCAGCGAUGGUGACAUCCGAUGAUGUGCAGGAUGAUUCCGGCGUCAAAGGGGUAUUCAGAGAAGCCGCCGGCGCGGCAGCUGCAGUUUCGUCCUCUUCACCUGCUGGGUUACCGAAAGUGGGAUCAACCACUUCUUCCGUUCAAGGAGUUUCAAUAUCCAGUUUAGGUUCGAAGACUUUAUCUGGAAGCCAGGGUUCCGUGAGGCAGCUCUCUUUGGUGGAACUGGCUCGGCUGCAGGGGGUCGUACAAAAAGGUACUCUGGGCCGUCCAAGAGGCUUGAGACCGAGUUUAUUCUCCGGUGUUCCGCCCACAAUCAAUUUCGCAUUGCACAAUACCCAUGCUGAGGAAGUGCCUCCGUUUCUGAAGAAACAUCUGAGAUGGAAGUUGAGCAAUCUGACUCCCCUAGUGGUUCGCAAGGUUUUGGGACAUUCGAAUCUGCGGUUGAUGAAAUCUGAUUCGACGGAGUGGAUUGGUCAUUGGGGUAAGCACAUGAAAGCGGUGAUGUUCAAAGACUUCAAGGCCUAUCAGAAGAUUAAUCACUUCCCGGGGACUUUCGUGAUUGGGCGAAAAGACCGACUUUGGAAGGGAUUUGCCCAGUUCCGCUCCAAGUUCGGAAAAAACGAGUUCAACUUCCUCCCGAGAACCUACGUCUUGCCGAACGACUUGCGUGAGCUGAAGGAGUCGAUGGAUCGCAAAGGAUCCAGGGGCCAGAACUACAUCGUAAAACCGCCAGCGUCGGCUCGUGGCACGGGGGUCUACGUCGUGAACAACUACAGUUCGAUCAACGCUGAGCGUCAGCUCGUGGUGCAGAAAUACAUCACGCGACCGUUUCUUAUCAACAGCACGAAAUUCGAUCUCCGUCUAUACAUCUUUGUUGCGUCGUACAACCCGCUUCGUCUGUACCUUUACCGCGACGGGCUUGUCCGUUUUGCCUCCGAGAAGUACAACUCAUCCUCCAGAACGCUGAACCACCAAUACGUUCACUUGACAAACUAUUCCAUCAAUCGGAAAAGCGGCAACUAUCAAGCGAAUAAUAAUAUCAACGAGUGUCAAGGCCACAAAUGGACUCUGCUGGCAUUUUGGAAAUUUUUGCGACGGUUAGGUGUCAACACCGGGCUGCUUUGGGCAUCAAUUCAGGAUAUCGUAAUAAAAACUAUCCUAACCUCCGAAUCAACUGUGAACGAUAUGAUGGAACGACACGUGCGGUCGCGGUAUUCUACGUUUGAAUUGUUUGGUUUCGACAUCAUUUUGGACGAGACGUUGAAACCUUGGCUGCUGGAGGUAAACAUUUCUCCUUCGCUGCACUCGAGUUCUAGUUUGGACGAAGACGUGAAGGGUCGUAUGUUGAGGGAUCUUUUCAACUUGAUGAUGCUUCACGUUCCGUCUGGGAAACUGUCGAAGGAGGAAGAGCGGGAAGUAGUUCGACAGUGUCGCUUGCCGCCGGAUUCCAUGGUGUCCCACGACGCCGUUCUGUACACGGACGAACUGUCUCGAACAGAACGAAAUAAGCACGACUAUUACCAAACGAAGAACCGGCGGAAGGAUUACCUGAGAACCAUCUUAUCUGAGUUGACGCCGGACGACAUUCGGCAGUUGAUUGUCGCCGAGGACGAACUGGCCCGUUGCGGGGACUACGUGAGGAUUUUCCCGACGCAAUACACGUACCUGUACCACCGGUUUUUUGAGAAACCUCGGUAUUAUAACCUGUUGUUGGACGCGUGGGAGUUUCACUACCACAGCGAUCGACUGGCAGGACGCUUGCUUUUAGAGCACUAUUGUUCCAAGAAGUAUCACUUGCAGUUCCGCAAAGAUGUUUCAUAUCGACGAAUACAUGUUCAGAUGUUCUUGGCUUUUUUGCUGUCCGCUCUCUCGGAACACUUCCUCGUUGCGAUGUUUGUCGUGGUGUCGAUGCGGAUUUUGGUGAUGUCUUGGGACGCCUUUCGGGCUGUUGCUGCUCACGUUCAUCGCGACGAAUCCAAAUUGAACGCGGGCUCGGAAAUAGCGACUGUUGAGCGUUCCCGCGAACAUGCCGCCGUCGCAGCCGACGUGCCAACAAAGGAAUCUCCAGCACAACCGCAGUCUAGGACGGAGGAUGCCUCUGGUGUAUCCAGUGCGCAGACUGCGCAGGGCAGCGAUGAUGCAGAAUCAGCCACCGAAACCCAGCAGUCGAGAUCAAAGGCUGCGUUGAAAGGAAUGCCGCAGUGUCCCUUUUGUGGUGGUCAAGAUGUCGACAAAGAAAACGACUGCUGUCUCGACUGCGGCGCAGUCUGCCAGCAGGUGUCGCAAAAAUUGGUCGACGAAAAUCCCUUGCCCGACGAUGACAAUCCAGAAGUCCAGCGAGCUUCCCAUGCUGGACGGAAAGUCCGCGAUCACGAGCAUUUGAAAUCGCGUGAAGUCGCUUUAAGGAGAAGUUGCGGCUGGUUCAGAAGCGAAGGUUUCUGCUUAUGCGUCGAAGUGAUGCAGAAAUUGUUGGGUGAGCUAGGAGCGUCGCAAGAGACGAAGGAUUGUUUGCGGAUUACCUGGCAUCUCUUCUUGAGGAACAUCGGUUACUGUUCUUGUGGAACUGGCGAGCAAUCGGAAGGUAAUCAAAAGCUUCAGUUUUCUCUGCAAGAUUCUUCUCUUGGGAAAGCUGUGCCGAAUCCUGUUCAAAAUCUAAACCUUUCGAAAGUUUUACAGCUGAUGUUGAUCAGCAUUUACGUAUCCGGAGAGCAGAAAAUUGAGGCCUUCGACUUGAAGCGUUGGUUGAACGAGGAUCAUUUGCCUAGUACGUUGAUGACUCGCUAUUUCCCUUCUUUCAUCAACGUGAACUUCCGGGAUCUAUCAUUGUUCACGUGCAACAAUUUUUCGCUGAAACCGGGGAUUCUCUUCUCGACCGGAGCGUUCCUGGGACUGGAGGAUUUCCAGGAUCGCGACGUUUCGAAGAUUCUGAAAAGGCUGAUCGUCGAAUUUGAAUUACCACUUUGUUUGUACGGAUACAUCGCGGCGCUGUUCGAAAACGAGCUACCACGGGGAACUUCAUCUUUUCAAGAUAUCCCGAAAAGCUAUCGUGAAGCGAUGGAGAACAAAUGGGGCCAAAAUAACUACAGAUCCUACUAUCUCCUCCGCUUUGCUGAAGUGAUCGCGGGUGGUAUGAUCAUCGUUGCCAUGAAGCAUCUCUUUGGCAUGAACGGUUUCUCGGAAUUCCUGGUAGCCACGAGGUUAUCCGCGAUGCAGCAUUGUCUGGAGAAAUAUGAGAAUGCUGAAUUAGAAGGGUGUUUUCGAGGGGCGUUCAACUUCACGGAUUGGUAUCACUUCUUCACUUAUCGCGAUCUACUUGUGAAAAAAAUCCACCCGUCUGCUGCAAUUUGUGCCAAAGAAUACAAUGUUUACGAGCACGUUUCAUUGCCAGUGCUUCUACGUCGGGCGCAGUAUCUUGAAGGACAAGCAUUUGCUGGCCAGAAAUUAGCUAGAGGAGGACUCAUGGGCGAGGCGUUAACGAAUCCAGAAUCCGUUGCUCAUGUGAUGGACAAGAAAAACGCUGAGCAAGUGCGAAGUAUUGUUAACGCGAGCUUACCUGAAAAUGAAAGCUUUGAGAAAGUGAUUCCGAAAGAAGUGACUGCCAUAUUUCGACCGAGUCUAUAUCCUACGAGAGCCGUCAUUUCCGCGUAUUUGAACAUUCUUCCCGCAUUGAGACGAGUUCGGAAUCUACCGCGAAAUCAAGCAGUGCCGGCGGAAGAUUUCGUCGAGCUGAAUGAAGACGUUUUGCGCCAAAAAUUCACUGACAAGAAUUUCAAUUAUUUGUUGGAUGCUGUCCAGUAUCGAUCACUUUCGGAUGUUUCGCCGCAGCUGAGAAAACCUUUGGAGCGUUUUCAAGAAGCCUGUGAAUCAACAAGAAGGAGUUACUGGAUGUUCCAAACGACGCGUCAUCGGGAGCGUUUGCGAUUCGAAAAUUUAUUCGAACAGUUGCCGAGAACUUACAAAAAAGUGGCAGAAAUUUUUGCCAACGUCCUAGGCUGUUCUGUGGUUCAUCUGCAUGCUGAGUCUGCGGUGAAAGUUCGGAUGCUGAACCUAAUCGAACUGUGGAAGCAACAACGCAGGGAAGAUAUUAAAGUCAUUGACGCGAUAGCCAACGAUCUAUUUUCGAUUUUUCAGUACAGUUGGCAGUACGUUGACGAAGAUUCUGUCAGCUACUGUCCAUGCAAUGAUCUCACGCAGCUUUGGAAGGGAAAAAUGAGUUUGCCUUUGGUGGUUGGCAAGGAAUUGGCAGAUGUCAUCGCAUCUCCCAUCGCAUACAGGAUGACCAAUGUGUUCUGGAGCCUGAACCUUCGACCAGAACAUGCUGCAGUGAUGAAGUCAAAUUUACCAGAGAAUUGUGUUUCGGAAAUAUCGGUCAGUUUAGGUCCGGCGAUGCUCACUGAAGCCCUGGGAACGAUUUUUCUUUGUUUGGUUUGGUCUAAGGCAAGGGCUGCGUCGUGCAAAGUCAUGGGAAUGGUUGUAGCCGCGUUUAUCACGAUCGCAACUGUAAACUUGAAAAAGCGGAAAGCGUGCAACCUCGACACCUUUGAAAAUCGACCCGGACGAGCAGCGAGCCAUGCCAGAGACCUGCGAUCGUCCGAAACGAAACAUCCGAUGGGACGGAAAAGAAUUCUAUACUACAAGAAACCUGUUUUAAUGCAAAAGGAGCCCCUGAUGAAUUACCAGCCGAACGUGAAGUUGAAAAUGCCCAUUCGAUAUUUGGCGCCGGGUGAGAAGGUCAAAACUCCUCCACGGCGUCCCGUGUCACAUCGAAUUUUUACCGGGGCGCCGCGGGAUUGGCACUCAUUUGACAGACGAGAGCACGACGAGAAUGAUGAGAAAUUCCAUAAAAACCCGGGUUCGUUUGUCAAGACUGGACUAGAAAAUGCAUCCGGGAAAACGGACAAUAAGGGCGGGGCUUUACAUCGCAUCACCCACGUCGUUGGUGGACACAGCGCUGAUCUGCGCAAUGAAAAAUCAGCGUCCUGA